CAGCAGCAGGCAUCAGUUGACAAGCGACGAUUGCACCGAGCGAUCGAAUCACUGAGUAUAGAUACACCUGCACCCAGCACUCAGCAGCAGUCAGACAUUAAUAAUUUACUACCCGCCGCUGAGACGCAACACAUCCUCAAUCGGCAUCGUGUGAAAUCUGCAGCAUCAAACAUGAAGAUAACUGCAGCUUCCGCAGCAACCGUUUUGGUCGCUCUGGUCGCCUCCGUACAGAGCUCAGACCCGUGUAAUAUAUCCACUUGUUACAAGAGUGCCACGACGAAGCCCUCGACAACGGUGACACCGACGCGUUUGCCGGUGCAGUCGUCCAGCACACCGGCUGGCCAGUCAACGACGUACGCCAAGGAUCACGCGCACGCCUCGACCGCCGCCGGCACGGGAGCAGGGGCUAACGCCACGACCGCGGCCACUACGGCGCACAAGGGACACGGCGACACGGAGCCCACCGUCAAGCCAACCGGAGCCGCGGCACAUGCAACCGUCACCACGCAGAAACCCAUCAACAUGACCGAAGGACACGUAGCACUGAAACAGAAACUGAACACGAUUGCAGUGAAGUGCAAGGACGAGUUGCACGCUCCCCAAGAAAUCAUGGCGUUGGUCAGUAACACCGUGGUACCGCAAAACGAACAGCAGAGGUGCUACUUGGAAUGUGUGUACAAAAACUUGAAUUUGAUCAAAAACAAUAAGUUCAGCGUGGCCGACGGCAAAACGUUGGCUCAGAUACGUUUUGCUAAACAGCCAGAUGAACACAAGAAAGCAGUGCACAUAAUAGAAACUUGCGAAAAAGAAGCUAUUAUUGAUCCAAAAACAACUGAAAAAUGUGCAGCUGGGCGAGUGAUCAGAAACUGUUUUGUUAAAAAUGGAGAAAAAAUUAACUUCUUCCCCAAACCAUGAGUCUUAUUAUGCAAUGAAUGAAAAAUAAGAAGUAUAAGUUUGAACAUAUCAAUCACAUGGAUAUAUUAUAAUUACGGAUUUAAUAAUAAAUGAUUUAAGUUACAAUUUUUACGAAUAAAACAAAAAAUAUUAA